CUUACCAACAAUAUCAAAUACAUAUAAAAGAUGUUGGCAGUUCUUGAUUUGAAACCUUUAAAAGGACCAGCGCAAAUCCGCAAAUCUCGCGAAUCGCUCAACUAUUGAUCUACGACGUCCCUUCAUAACACGGAAAUAAUGUCGUACCCAAAAUGGCUAGGGUAUGAAGAAGUGAUGCCUAGUUUGGUCGAAGAUGACAUAAAUCGAUUCAAGCAAGCAAAACGACGAAAGAGAAAUUGUACUAUCUUAGUAGCAGCAAUCAUAACGAUAAUUUUCUUGAUAGUCGCUAGUAUCACGGUAAAACGCCACUCUAGAGAUAAUCAGGUCAAGAAUUCAAACAUCAAACCGAACAAAGUGAGCGGAUCGAGCGGGUCAAAGUGGUUAAUGCAGGCUCUUACCGAACCUUUAGGAGCUGCACAGUUAACACACUCAAAUUUAAAGCCAUUGACAGGAUUAGAACAAUCAGCAGUACAACGUGGUUUACCAAAUGUACGUAAUCUCAGACUUUUAUUCCUGAAUCAUCAUUUCGGUACGUCAAGCGAGAUGAAAGCUGUGGUAUCGACCAUUGCUAGACGAAACAAUAUUACGAUAACUACAAAAGAGUCGGGGGGUAUACAUGAUCAUGUAAAGUCAUUGCAUUCCAACAAAGAAGCGUCCGAUGCUUACUGGGAAAAGGCAAAGCAGGAAGAAUGCAAUCCAGAUCUAUUCGAUAUGAUCAUCGUUGGCGAUACGCUAUCUCUUAUCCGACCGCAUAUUCAGAAUGGGUGUAAAUUACCCAUAAUUGCCACCUUGACGACUCGAUAUGAUUGGGCACACGAGACAGACGAAGGAUGGAAGAAAUUGAUCGGCAAUGCCUCAUAUGCAUCUAAUCUCCGAAUUUAUCCGAAUAAUUUGAUCGAGGCAUGGUACGCUAUGAAAAAAGGCGUAGACAUACAGAUGUACGAGUAUUUACCUUCGUCGGGUAUUCCUUCUCUUAAUUGGGGUGAAGCACUUGAUUCGAUUCACAGUGUAGUAAAGCAACCCAGCGAUAACGAGCUGGUCAUCCCAGAUUCAGUUCGCAUUAAAGCCUGCUUAUCAUCGCAAUUAGACCAGAGAAAUAUCAAGUACACCGGAUAUGCACGUAAUCAGUACGGUGGACCGUUAGGCCUCACCAAUAGGGUCGUGGUUCACUUUCCGUAUCAAAGUAACACCAUGGGUCUGUUUGAAAAUCUACAUCAACAGGUGAUUUACGUUUUACCAACGAUUCGUUUAUACAAAGAAAUGUAUGCAACAUGCCAAGCUAAAGUGGAAAGUGUACCGGCAGAAUGGCUGAGUGAACAAGACUACGAAAGGUAUAUUGACUGGUGGAGACAAGAUUUACAGCAUUUAUUCUAUUAUUUCGACUCAUUUGAAGAAUUAAGAGAGGGCAGUCCUUUACGUCAGAGGAUAAUCUCGGAGGCCGACUCUAAACGGAUUCAGAUUGCAGAAUUUAUGGUUCGCCAGAAAGAGUACGUGCUUCGAAAAUGGGAAGAUGCGUGGUUUGGACAAUGGUUGUCCCCGUAAAAGUGAAGUAUGUAAAGCCAGAAAUGAGAUAUGAAUACAAUGGAAAGAUAUAAAUCUAGAAGCCUGGCUGAAUCGUAGAAAAACAAUUAUGGCUGUUUUAUUUGUGCAUUUAAAGCAGUAACCUCUUCUGAGAUUUGAGUCGAACCGUUAUAAGCUGCGAUGAGAACAUUUGUCAUAUUAGGCUUUUCUAGCCGAUCAGCAGUGAUUUCUAGCCAAUUACUCUCUUCCACCACGACAUAUUACUACCUGCUUCUGAACUGGGUACCCACUCAUUAGGAAUUU